UUUUCGAUUCGAUUGGUCUGACAUUGCGGUCACGUUUUCUGGACAGCCAUAAAUCUGGUAUAGGCGAAGAGUACCACAGUUCAAUGGAUAGUCUCCAUGGUCUCCGCUGACCUCAACACGAUUGUAUGGCUGAUUUCUAGUUUUGAUUACCCAUCCAUAACAUUUUUCAUGAGAUCAAUUUACUCAGAUGAACCAGAUUUACAGUGUUCCACGGUCCCAAUCUUCUCGUCGCUCUGUAUAAAACUUCUGCUCAAUCUGUGUCUUUCUUCUUUUCUUUUCAGUUCAGAUCACAUUCUAGUCAUCGACACAAGUUUUGGAAGUAUUUUUGACUACCCAUUUCUCAUCCUAGAUAUUCUAUUCCAACAUCGUUCACCCACACAACGACAAAUCCCCUCCACUUUCACCAAGAUGUCAACCAACACUUUCGCAACACAGAGCGACAUGGUACAACGAAUCAACAUCGGCGGCCUAAGGUUACCUACCGACCAAGAACGAGCAAGAAUAUCUCAGCUUUCUGCUCGUCCGCAGCUCAUAAGUAUACCGCAGUUACCCAUUCAAACCAGCUUCGGAUUUUACGGUAGUUACCCUUCUCCGGCUGCGUUCCAACAACAGCCUUUCUUUCCUUCUCCCGGCGUCGCUGCUACUAAUUGCUUUCCUCCUGGUGCCUUCCCCCACCAGCAACAACUUCACAACCUGGGUAGGUCACAGCCCACAUUCUCUUCUGGCGUCGCUGCUUUCAGUGGCUUCCCUGUCGGUGUAUUCGCCAACCAGCAGCCGCAAUAUCACACUCCGGGUAGGCCACAACCCGUGUAUGCUCCUGGCGUCGCUGCUACUAACUGCUUUCCUACUGGUGCCUCCCCCCACCAGCUACAAUAUUUUCCCCAGGCUCAGACCUAUGGAGGUCAGUAUAGCCAGAAUGCCUUCACGGCACCGGUGCAGGGUCCUUGGGCGGCUCAGAAUGUUGCGAGUACCGCCGCGCCGCCUGCUCAGCAGGAAGAACAGUAUUUUGAUCUCACCAGAGAUGACGAAGAAGAGGUGCGAGCACCCACACUAGCACCAGCAUGCCCUGUUGUCCCCGUCUCGGCCGCCCAAGACACAGGUCUCCUCACCCCUGCGGAUACACCCUCCUCACUAGAGGCCCCCUCUGUCCCCGAGGCACCCUGCCACCUCGGCGAACGAGUCAAACACCUCCAGUUGACCAUCAGAGAAAGCUAUGAGCCAUGCGCCUUCCGCCUUUUCCGCAGCUUCAUGUUCAUGAACAUAAAACAGCAGCGUGAGUACUGCAGCUUGUUUUGGCCCUCGAACGAAGCGGCUUAUGAAGAUAUCCUUCGAGCCUCCAAACUCUCUCUGGAUUUCUCGACCAUAUACUAUUUGCGCCUUUCGUUAACAUCGAAGCUGAAAGAGGCCAAGAGCGAAGAAGAGCGCGAGAAGUUGGAAGAAGAAACUGAGGUCAUUUGCGCUGAGAUGGAGAGAACUUGCAAAGCCAAAUUGCAAGAUAGGAGGGAUGAAGAGAAUUUGAGCAAUCUCCACCAGGCUGUUACCACUACCAAGGGUAAGAGGAGCAAGGCCUCGAGGGCAGCACAACUAGAGGUGUGGAAUGAGGAGAAUGUAAGAGUACAGGAAGCAAAGCAGGAGAGGUGGGCGAAGCUGGAUGGCCAGCAAACCUCAACUUCGCUUGCUGGCCAAAAGAGGAAGCAAAGGGUUCAAGAGGAGCCUAACCCUGCUCCGAAGAAGAGGGGGAGACCUCCAAAGGUCAGGGCUGCAGAGGACGUGGCUGUGGUGAAGGAGAAGAAGAAACGUGGGAGGCCUCGGAAGAGCCCUGUGGUUCAAGAACCGACUCCUGAGCACGCCAUCGAUGAAGCGGAGGAUGAUGGGGCGUUGGAAGCAGCACUGUAUGCUGGCUUGUGUGAGGAUGUCGUUGGAGAGGAGGAGGAUGGGUCGUCUGAAGCAGCUCCGCAAACAUGGCUCGCCGCUGAUGACAGUGACGUUGUCGAUGAGAGUGCUGAGGUGGAGCCUUCUGGACGAGUACAAAUGCACGAUGAAGAUGAUCGGGUUGCCGGAGCCGUCGCCGAGGACCGACCGGAGGAGGUUCGUGUGGAUGAGAGUGCUGCUGUAAUCGUCAGCUCGUCUCAAGAGCAUGGACAAGAGGAGGAGGGCUGUGACGAAGACUCUCUCUUCGGAGACUCUCUUUUCGAAGACUUUGAGCUUGGAAACCUCCUCGAUACGGGGGCUGCGAAUGAUAUUGGGGCUACGCUAGACGGCAUGUUCUUCUAGUCAUGCAUAUGGUAUGGGUAGUUCUAAAUAUAAUGCUACCAAGGGCCCCUAACUCUUAAACUCCACGCUAUGCGAACGUACUUGAAAAUGCCAUAAAGGCGAAUACAAAAGGUAAUAAGAGAAAACAAACCAACUGGCCUCAUGUUGCAUCCGGUCGAUGGCAUCACGGGUGCUGGCCCUAUACGUGAGCCAGAGCGGGCAACGAAACAACCUGCUUAAACCUCAAUAUUC